GGUCGGCCUGAUUGCUGACGCGGCGCUGUCAAAACGAGCAUGGGUGGGGAUGACACCCCCACAAUUCCGGCUGAGCACCAACGAGCCCUUUAAGCUUUGCAAAAAGAGCUUUAUAUCUCCUCGCUGCUGUCCGCCGCCGUGUGACAUCUCUCGAGAAACAUCACCGUCGCAUCGACAAAACUACGUGCCCUUUCCAGCCUCGUUGCACACUGAAAAGCCCAAACCGCAACCCCAAACCCCGCCGACCUAGUCUCCACCGCCAAAAUAGGGAACCUCACGAACUACCUAACCAUGGCUCACAACAGCCGCUACGAGCGCAUCGGCCAAGACGACGAUGCCGUCUCCCUCCAAACCGUCGCCCAAGACUACAACUACAACUCCGGAGUCCCCAACUCCCCACCCCCCUCCUUCCGCUCCACCACCACCCCCCUCACGCCCUCCACCCUCCGAUCCCUAAACGGAGCCUGCACCGACCCCACCCCCCCCUACCCCUCCACCAUGGCCCCCUCCCUCGCCGGCGUCGACCUCCCCGAGACCUGGUCCGGGACCGUCGUUGACGCCCCCCCAAACCCCGCCGCCACAAUCCUAAGCCUGCACCGGCGUCUCGCGAAUCUCGAGGAGUCGCUGGGCCGGCUGCUGCUGGAGAGGGAGGAGUGGCAGCGCGAGGCGGAGCAUAGGAGUCCGAGGGCGAAUUGCUGUGCUAGUUUGCCGGCGGAUGAUCCGGUGCUGAGCUCGAGGAGUAAUUGCUGUGUUAGUGUGGUGCCGAUGUUGAGUGCGGAGGCGCAGGAGAGGAGGCAGAAGAAGGUGAUGGGGUUUGUGAUUGUGUUGGUGUUUUUGGGGUGUUUGUUUGUGUGGUUGAUUGUGGAUUCGGAUAGGAAGGGGAGGAGGGGGUGAGGGAGGGAAGCCAGGGCGGUAAUGAGGGGAUGGGGAGUUUAUGGGUGCGGCAAUAAGUAGCCGGUAAUGAGGGGGUGCUGUGAUGUUUAGGCGGUUCGCCUUGGUGUCUCUCGAGGGGGAUGCUGUUUAGCGUUGCGAGCGGAAUGAGCGACGAGAUCUACGCUGAUAUACACGGUGUUUACGAGGUUUCUAGGCUGGGGAUAUUUGGGGUCAGGUGUAUAAACAUAUUUCAAACUCUACUAUAUAGAGUCACCAGCGACACAUAGCUAUUUCAUUAGGCAAAUAAUAGAGCAUUACGACUUG